CUUCCCAUCCCACCCCAAUUUUCAAUUAUGGACUCUCUUCAUCCCCAAGUGGGAGCAACAGUACUAGCUGGAGCCUCUCUUGCCUUUAUCUUAUUCAUCUGCAACCUAUGGAGAAAGAGGCAGGCCAACACUAACCACCAGGCUAAAGGGCGGCCGGCGGCGGUGGCACCCCCUGAAGCAGGUGGCGCCUGGCCAAUAAUCGGUCAUCUCCAUCUGCUUGGUGGACAGAAACACAUUACACGCACACUUGGUGCCAUGGCAGAUAAGUAUGGGCCAGUCUUCAUGCUUCAGCUUGGUGUGCAUAAAACACUUGUUGUGAGUAGUUGGGAGUUGACGAAGGAUUGCUUCACCACCAAUGACUUGGUUUUUGCUACACGGCCACGUAACACUGUAGGGAAGUACCUAGGCUACAACUAUGCCUUACUUCCCUUCACCCCUUAUGGCCCAUAUUGGCGUAAGAUAAGAAAGAUAGCUACACUUGAGCUCUUGUCCAAAACAAGGCUUGAGAUGCUCAAGCAUGUAAUAGCCACUGAAGUGGAUACUUUCAUCAAACAGUUGUAUAAUGGUACCCAUGAUCCAGUCAAGAUGGAGAUGAAUCAAUGGUUCAACCACCUGAAUCUCAAUGUCAUCACUAGGAUGAUUGCCGGAAAACGAUAUUGCAGCGUCAUCGGUGAUGGUGAAGAUGAGAUUGAAGCUCGAAGAUUUCGAAAGGCGAUUGAGCAGUUUGCUUAUCAAGCAGGGGUUUUGGAUUUAUCUGAUGUGUUCCCUUAUCUUGAAUGGAUGGAUUUGCAAGGAAAUGUGAAAGCCAUGAAAUGUAUUGCCAAGGAAUUGGACUCUUUAAUGGAAAAUUGGAUGGAAGAACAUCACCACAAGAAGCAGAAGAGAGACUCCUCCGGUGAGGCUAAGUCGCCGGAAGGUGAUCAGCUUGACUUCAUUGAUGUGAUGUUAUCUAUCUUCCCAGAGGAUAAGCCAGAACUAUUGGGCUAUGACCGUUGUACCAUCAUCAAGGCAACUGCACUAACAUUCAUCCUAGCAGGAACAGAAACCACAUCGGUCGCCAUGUCCUGGGCUCUUUCUUUGAUAUUGAACAAUCAACAAGUGUUGAAAAAGGCCCAAGAAGAGUUGGAUGUCCACGUGGGCCGAAAUAGACAUGUGAACGAAUCAGAUAUCAAGAAUUUAGUGUACCUUGAUGCCAUUGUAAAGGAAACAUUGCGCCUAUACCCACCUAUACCCUUAUCAUUACCACAUGAAGCAAUGGAAGAUUGUGAAGUAGGUGGAUAUCAUGUACCCAAAGGCACUCGCCUAAUCAUAAACUUUAGGAAGCUACAUCGGGACCCCCAUGUGUGGUCAGAACCUCAUGAAUUCCGGCCGGAGAGAUUUCUCACCGGUAAUGAUGCUGCAGAUAUAGACUUUAAGGGCCGACAUUUUGAGUAUAUUCCGUUCAGUUCCGGCCGGCGUGUGUGUGUUGGUAUCACAUUCGCCACAAAGGUAAUGCACUUGACGCUUGCUCGUCUGUUGCAAGGAUUCAAUUUGAUGACUCCUCAACAAAUGCCCGUGGACAUGACUGAAGGCCUAGCCCUUUCAUUGCCCAAGGCAAGCCCACUUGAAGUUCUACUCACUCCACGCCUCCCUUCCAAGUUGUAUGAGUAGAUAUUGUUAUAGAUUAUUGUCAAAACAUUCUCUCAACAUUCUCAGUGAUAAGGUUGCGUAGUUCUUAUUCUCCUAAAUCUUGUAGAUGUGGGAGCCUUGUGCACCGGAUUCAUCUUUGGAUAUAUAUAGCUGUGUUCAAGGAGAAUCGAGUUGGUAACUCUUUGGCAAUAAACUAAUUAGCUUUGUAUGGUUUAUCUAGUUUUUAUUAUGAUUUUAUAUGUAUGGAGUGAGGCCAAGAGGAGAGAUUCCAUACUGGAUUCUGGGUAAAGUGGCAUAUAUGUCUCCUUAUAUUUUAUAUUAGUUGGUUGUAUUAAUAAAUUCUUCAGAAAGUAUCUCU